AUGCUGCGUAUACUACAGUUGAACCUGAACAAGUCCCUUAUAGCGCAAUCAGCCUUUAUCAACUCAUUUUCCACCUCCGACUUCGACAUCAUUCUACUGCAGGAAUCAUACCUUGACCCCCGCACCUCCCUCACCCGCGCUACAUCACACUGGAUAGUAGUGUACCCCCAUACCCACUACACCGAGGCCAGUGGACGCACGCGCUCUGUCAUUUUCAUCAGCAAGCGGAUCUCAGGAGAAACCUGGUCGCAAAUCAAGGUCGACUCCCCGGAUAUCACUGCCAUUUCCCUACGCACUGCGUCGGGCCCACUACAUAUCUUCAACAUCUACAAUGACCAACGUCACCAGGACUCCAUCAACCUACUUGCAUGA